AUGGAUCAACUUUACUUCGACGGUAUGGCCAUUUCAAGCAGAUUGGGGUUCCCAGGUUUGUUUAUCACGUUCACAUGCAACCCAAAUUGGCCUGAGAUUACACGGUUGUUGUCCUCGAAAAACUUAGAACCCCAUGAUAGGCCUGACAUUGUUGCUAAAGUUUUCAACAUCAAGUUUAAAGAGCUUAUGGUUGACUUAACAAAAAAACAUAUUCUUGGGAAAGUUAUGGCAUUUAUGUAUACAAUUGAGUUUCAAAAGCGAGGCUUACCCCAUGCACACAUUUUGAUCUUCUUGCACCCCCAAAGCAAGUAUCCAACUCCGUCCGACAUUGAUAACAUAAUUUGUGCAGAGAUUCCUGAUCCUGAAAUUCAUCCUGCUUUAUACGCACUGGUGAAAUCCCAUAUGAUACAUGGACCGUGCGGUCUUUCGCGGCCUGAUUCACGCUGUAUGAGAAAUCGGCAAUGUUCUAAAUAUUAUCCAAAAAAUUUCAUCGAAGAUACGGUUGUUAAUGCUAAAGGUUAUCCAUUAUAUAGAAGAAGAUCACACACCCAUGUAAUUACAAAAAAUAAUAUCAAGUUGGAUAAUAGAAAUGUUGUCCCCUAUAACACUCGGUUAUUGUUGAAAUAUCAAGCACAUAUUAAUAUGCAAUGGUGUAACCAAUGCACUUCUAUCAAGUAUCUAUUCAAAUACAUUCACAAAGGAUAUAACAGAAUUGGUGCAAGUGUGGUUGCUUCUAAGUCAAACACCGGACUACAACAUGAAUGUGUAGAUGAGAUCAAACAAUAUCUCGAUUGUAGGUAUGUUUCUCCGAGUGAGGCAUGUUGGCGAAUAUUUUCAUACAAGGUUCAUGGAAGGAAACCUGCUGUUGAGCGAAUGUUUUUCCAUCUCAUCGGUGAAAAGGCUAUCUAUUAUAAAGAUUGUGAACAAAUGGAUCAUGUAUUAGAAAGUGCAAGCGUAACAGAAUCCAUGUUCACGUCUUGGCUUGUAGCAAAUGCAACAUAUGCGGAAGCCCGGUCAUUGACAUAUGGUGAAUUUGUUACAAAGUUUGUUUAUGUUAAGAGAAACGGAAUGUGGAAGCCACGUAAAAGAGGGUUCACUAUCGGACGUUUGGUGUGGGUUCCACCGACAACCGGUAAACUUUUCUAUUUGAGGAUGAUGUUGACGGUGGCUAAGGGCCCAACUUGCUAUGAAGAUAUUAGGAGGGUCGGUGAAACACAAUAUGACACCUUUAGAGAAGCAUCCUUUGCAAUGGGAUUCUUAUAUGAUGAUCGAGAAUACAUAUGUGCGUUAAAGGAGGCAAGCGCUUGGGGGACAAGUCAUUAUCUUAGAAAGCUGUUUGUUGUUAUGCUCUUAUCAGGUGCUGUAAACCGUCCUGCCCAUGUAUGGAAGGAAUCAUGGAUUCUAUUGUCCGAUGGUCUCUUGUACGAACAAAAACAAAUUGCCAACAAUCCAGAUUUAACAUUACCGGAUGAUGCAAUCCAGCAGCUGACAUUGAUAGAGAUUGAAAAAAUGCUGCAAUUGAACCACCGCACCCUACAUGAUUUCAAGCCCAUUCCUUAUCCGAAUGACUAUGUUAUUCAACAACUGGGAAACCGGCUUAUUUACGAUGAAAGACAGUACAAUAUCCAGGACAUGAAGGCGGAAUUUGAUAACCUAUUCAAGUGUCUCACUGACGAACAGAGGAAGAUUUUCGACCAAAUCAUGGAUGCCGUCAACAAACAACAAGGUGGUGUCUUCUUCCUGCACAGUUACGGCGGAACCGGUAAGACAUAUAUGUGGAGAACACUUGCAAGUGCAUUGAGAUCUAAGCAUGAGAUUUGUCUAACUGUUGCAACAAGUGGGAUAGCAUCUCUUUUGUUUCUAGGGGGUCGUACAGCUCAUUCAAAGUUCAAGUUGCCAGUUCCAUGUCUUGAGAACUCAAUUUGCAAAAUUAAUUUCAAUGACCCUAGCGCUGGUCUUCUAAGGGAGGCAAAGCUGAUUAUAUGGGACGAGGCCCCGAUGGCACAAAAAUAUUGUUUUGAAACGUUGGACAGGACUUUGAAGGAUGUCAUGAGUAAUUACGGUAACUCUGAAACUAUUUUCGGAGGCAAGGUUGUGAUUUUUGGUGGGGAAUUUCGUUAG